UCUGUAGGAGGUGCUGUGAUGACCAAAGGAGAAGGAAGAAACCUGGUGCUGCAGGCGGACGAUGAUCUGAAGGACUGGGCUUGUUAUGCGUUGAGGGGAGUGAGCCGCUUCGCUUUAGGAGUCAAUGUUAAUGAGAAGAUGAAUAGAGCUGUUAUAUUUGCUGAAUUAAAAGGGGCAGAAAGAGCCACUUUCUGGUGCAAGAAAAAGAAAACAGAACAUCGAAGCAAUGCAGUGACGCUGAAAAUGACAGAGCUCAUGGUGAUGUUGGUUCCUCCGGCCGUUCCUGUGCUGCAGGGGGAGCCUGUGGCUCUCAGGUGUGUAGUCUGGGGUGGACCGAAACUGGAAAAAGCAGUCUUCUAUAAGGAUAAAAAAGAAAUCAUGAACUCAGGUGAAGGCACAUACACCAUCACCAACGCCACACAAGAUGAUGUCGGCAACUACAGCUGCCACGCCACCUACAGGUUCAGCCACAUCAGUGCAGGAGCUGCACAGAAGGAAGGAGAUUCUGAUGCUCAGGAGUUAAAAGUUAUAGGUGGGCCUCCUGCUGCAGUGAUUUCAGUGUCUACUAAGAGUCUGCAGUGUUCCUGUCCUCGCUGUCCUGCCGACUGCACGUCCUACCACUGGUAUCACACACUCUUUAAUGACCCACAGUCACACAGAAGACUAUCUGAAAACCACCAGUCCAUUACCGUCGAGGAAGAAGGACUGUACAGCUGCCAGUUUGACUGCGGGAAAGGUUUCUCCCGUUUCAGCGAUAGUUACAGCUACAAAGCACAACCUGAGUCAGAGACUCCAAACGUGAUGCCCAUCAUGGUGGCGGCGAUUUUGAUCGUUCUCGGGCUGUUGAUCGUCUUGCUGAUCGCGCUGAAGCGCAGACGUGGAGGAAGCAAUGUCCAGGCGACCAAACGGGAUAAAGACAAGACGACAGGUGGAGACUAUGAGCAAAUCCAACUCAAGGACAAGGAUCAGGCAGUUUAUCACACGCUGGGCGAGAACACGAGCAAGGACCAGGCCGAGGGGGGUUACGAACCCCUACAAAAGAGGCAGGAGGAGGGGGUGUACCACUCACUAGCACCUGGAGAGGGUCAGGGUGAAGGUCAAGGUGGGUAUGAGGCUCUUAAGAGCGUCAAAGCCGAAGUGUACCAAACACUGAGUUCAGCUGACUCGAAAAAACCAGGAGGAGAAGCCGAGGGAGGGUAUGAGCAACUUCCUCAGAAAGACAAAGAUUAUGAGGCCGUGACAGUGGAGGAAAAUCCAUACGAAGAAGUGAAGAAACAGAUGGGCAAAGAGAAAGAAUAAGGGAAUCUGAGAAAGAAUAAGCACCACAAUAGUCAAAUGGCAAUGCCUGCAUUCUCAGGUCAAUGUAUUAAAUGUAAUGUAUUAAAGGGUACUUGGCACUC